CAAAAGGGGUGGGAGCGGUCCUCCAAGCAGAUGAAACUAAUAAUGAGUGGUUCACAACCAAUGUAAGCAGUUUGCUUUUGUUGGAGUGCCUAUGUGAAGGUGGGAGUGAGAUGGAACAGGAGGGUGGGGCAGUGUGGUAUAGUGAAAAGAGCACUGACUUCAGUCAGGAGACCUGAGUUUGAAUCCUAACCCUAUGUUGUUGGAUAGCCUAGAAGUGGUUAAUAAGGCUUCUUGAGCCUCUGUUUCCACAACUGUAAAUGGGGGCAUUAACGCCUUCUUCAUGGGUUGUUAGGAUUAAAUUAGAUAACCAAACAAAUCACAUAGUAUAUUGUCUGGUGCAAUAAAUGUUUAACAAGUUACAGCUGUUAUUACUAAUGACAGAGUUAGUCAACAAUUUCAAAUGGUGCCAAGUUGAAAGAAGAGAAAGAGUAUAAAAUAAUCUAAAAUUGGAUUUGCCAGUGAGGAAGUUAUUGAGGACUUCUCGCAAGAACUGUUUUAAUGGAGCAGGGGCAGAACGUGUUGAGAAAUGAACGGGAGGUGAAAAAGUGGGGAAAAGGCUAGGCAAUCCUUUCAGAAAGCUUGCUGGGAAUGGGAGAGAGGUGAUUCAAUUCAACAACUAUAAGAUGAAGCGGAUUUUAGAUCGGGGAGACUUAAAUAUUUCUGUAUUCUGAGGGGAGAGAAUGGAUGAAGAAGGCUGAAGAUAAUGAAGAGGGUAUGGUUUAGAAUAGCAUUCACAGCCAAGAGAGACAGGAAAAGACAUUGAGAACAUAGAGUAAUUUAAAUAUGAAGAAAAAUUGGAGCAGAAGAAAAUGUGGAGUCUAUGUUUGACAGCUUGUAAUAAGAGUAGGUCUGAUGUGAAGGGAGCUGGAAGAGAAGGGAAAGCCUGAAGCACAUUUUGCACUUUAGAAACCCUCUGAGAGCCACAGUCUAUAGCAGAUUCUUCCACUCUAAGGACUACAGAUAAUCUCAAAGGAAAGCGGGAGGAAACUGCCAAGCCUUAACUUAAUGGGGGAAAAAGGCCGGAUGUCAAAGUAUAAUCUUAGGAACAUAAGCAGUGGGUCACAAAGGCCUGAACAUGUGCUGAAAUAAAGGACAAAUACUAUCGCUCAGAAGCUUGAAUGAACCAGCUCUUCAGAGACUGAGAACGACGAGAUCCAAAACAACUGCAAACCGCCCCGCCCUCCGCACGAAGACCUGCCAAUCAUCCCCUCUCUGUCCCUGAUUGGUCAGCGUCACGCAAACCGUGACGAUUACAGCACGCUUUGCCAAACAUUGAUUGGCAUGAUAAAGAAUCUACCUGUCGCCGAUGAUUGGCUGACCUGUCUAGGCUCUGGCCUAUCCUGAAAGGGGCGGGCUGGUUAAGAGUCAGGUUUCCCGAGCCGCAUUCCUCGCAUGUACUGGUCAGCCUGGUAACUGGCUUCUUCUAUCAUUUCUCUCAGGCCCUAACACAGCUUCCAAUGGAGCUUUCUUAUCAGACCCUGAAAUUCACGCAUCAGGCACGGGAAGCGUGCGAGAUGAGGACGGAGGCACGACGGAAAAAUCUUCUCAUUUUGAUUUUGCAUUACUUAACACAAGAAGGAUAUAUCGAUGCGGCCAAUGCUUUGGAGCAAGAAACCAAACUGGGGUUACGACGCUUUGAAGUUUGUGACAACAUUGACCUUGAAACUAUUUUGAUGGAAUAUGAGAGCUAUUAUUUUGUAAAAUUUCAGAAAUACCCUAAAAUUGUCAAAAAGGCAUCAGACACAGCAGAAAAUAAUUUACCACAAAGAAGUGGAGGGAAGACCAGAAGGAUGACAAGUGACAGUUGUCAAAAUCUCCCCAAGAUCAAUCAGCAGAGAUCACGGCCUAAAACCACAGUGGGGAAGACAGGGGACAUCAAAUCUCUCAAUAAGGAUCAUUCCAAACAGGAGGUUGUCAAUAACACUAACAUGGAGAGUGCUGACUUUGGCUUAAAUAUCUCAGGAAUCAACAAAGGCAGUGGAGAAGAAAACGCCCACCCACGAAGGGGCCAAAUCAUUGACUUCCGAGGCCUGCUCACAGAUGCUAUCAAAGGAGCAACUAGUGAACUAGCCUUGAACAGCUUCGACUGUAACCCAGACCCCUCAGAACGGUUGCUAAAACCUCUGAGUGCAUUUAUUGGCAUGAACAGUGAGAUGCGAGAAUUGGCAGCCGUGGUGAGCCGGGACAUUUAUCUCCACAAUCCAAACAUAAAGUGGAAUGACAUUAUUGGACUCGAUGCAGCCAAGCAGUUAGUCAAAGAAGCUGUUGUGUAUCCUAUAAGGUACCCACAGCUGUUUACUGGGAUUCUUUCCCCCUGGAAAGGACUACUGCUUUAUGGCCCUCCAGGAACAGGAAAGACCUUACUGGCCAAAGCUGUGGCCACCGAAUGUAAAACAACCUUCUUUAAUAUUUCUGCAUCCACCAUUGUCAGCAAAUGGAGAGGGGACUCAGAAAAACUUGUUCGGGUGUUAUUUGAACUUGCCCGCUAUCAUGCACCCUCCACAAUCUUCCUGGACGAGCUGGAGUCAGUGAUGAGUCAGAGAGGCAUGGCUCCUGGGGGAGAACACGAAGGGAGCCUUCGGAUGAAGACAGAGCUUCUGGUGCAGAUGGAUGGGCUAGCUCGCUCAGAAGAUCUCGUGUUUGUCUUAGCAGCUUCUAACCUGCCAUGGGAGCUGGAUUGUGCCAUGUUACGUCGCCUGGAGAAGAGGAUUCUGGUCGAUCUCCCCAGUCAGGAGGCCAGGCAGGCCAUGAUCCGCCAUUGGCUGCCCCCUGUGAGCAAGAGCCAAGCCCUGGAGCUGCACACGGACUUGGAGUAUGGAGUGUUGAGCCAGGAGACAGAGGGCUAUUCGGGCUCAGACAUUAAGCUUGUCUGCAGGGAGGCAGCCAUGCGGCCUGUGAGGAAAAUCUUCCAUACACUUGAAAGUCACCAGCCAGAGAGUAGCAGUCUACCUGCCAUCCAGUUGGAUACAGUGACCACCGCUGAUUUUUUGGAUGUGCUGGCCCACACCAAGCCUUCAGCAAAGAAUCUGACUCAGAGAUACUCAGCCUGGCAAAGAGACUUCGAGUCUGUUUGAAAUUACAUUGAAGCUGACCUGGCCACAAAGGCAACCACAGAGGCCUGCUAGCUUAUUAGUGGAAGUGGGAGAAGAAUAUAAUGAUUGGAAUGGAAAAGAGAAAUUUAUUUAUGAGGACUGGAUUAACUUGGACAACUAUUGUUUUGAAAACCUUAGAUGCUUUCAUUAAUUUUUCACAAUAGAUGCAAAAUACUGAAAAUUUCAAUUACAUGCAAAUGUACUAUUGGGUCAUGCAGGGGAGAUUUUUUCCCACAGUAAAAGGCGGCAUAAAAUUUUGAUGAACCGUUUCCUGUAGUGUUCCGUGUUUGUGAAAUGGUAUCUUUAUUUUGAUGUAAAAGAUGUCAGAAAAGUUGUGUUGGAAAGCGUAGGAUGGCUUUGAGUUGGGGCAGCUGACCAGAAGCUAAGUUUGACGGGCCGUACAACCAGGUGAGUUUAAGGGUGGAUAAGGACAGGGAGCAGGGAAGGAAAUAGAGACUGGUUCUCAUUCUUGACAAUAUUCUGAAUCUCAUCAGCUCUCCCUAAUUCUGACCCCAACCAGCUUUAUCAGCAGCAAACCUCUACCAAACUGGUCCCCAUGUGGAAAUGCCACUGAUCUCAUUCCCUACGCCAGAGUGUUCUCCUGGACACUUCUACCUCCUCACUUCCCAUAUCUGGUUUGCCUCUUUUUAAUUGUUGUAAAUAAAUUAUAUAUAUAUAUAUAUAUACACACAACAUUUGUAAAUCCAACACUUUUCAGGUGUAUAAUUUGGUGAUACCAAUUACGUUAAUCAUGUUGUACAACCACCACCCAUACUCAUUGCCAGAGUUCCCAUGGCCAUAAACAGAAACUCACUGCUUCCUGAACAAUGUCUCUCCCCUUCUUCCUCCCCCCCACCUCUGGUUGUUGUUGCUGGGUGCCAUUGAGUUGUUUUUUCGACUGGUAGCGACCCCAUUUGACAGGGUAGAACUACCUCCUAGGGUGUUCUUAGCUGUAAUAUUUAUGAAAGCAGAUUGCCAGAUCUUUCUCCUGUGGGGCCGCUGAAUUAAAACCUUCAAACUUUCUAGCAGCCAAGUGCUUAACUGUUUGUACCACCAGGGCUCCUUCCUGCCCCUGGUAGCCACUAAUAAACUUUGGUCUCUAUACAUUGGCCUAUUCAUGUCAUUUCAUAUAAGUGAGAUGGUACAAUAUUUGUCCUUUUGGGUUUAACCUAUUUGAUCCAGCAUAUUUUCAAGAUUCGUCCACCUUGUAGCAUGUAUCAGGGACUUCAUUUCUCUCUAUGGCUGAGUAGUAUUCCAUUGUAUGUAUGUACCACAUUUUUAUCCAUUCAUCCAUUGAUGGCCAUUUAGGUUGUUCCCCUUUGGCUAUUGUGAAUAGUGCUGCAAUGAGCAUGCAUUUGUUUGCUGUGGCUGUUUUCACGUUUCUGAGGUAUAUAUACCUAGGAGUGGAAUUGCUGAGUCAUACAGUAGUUCUAUGUUUAACUUUCUGAGGAACUGCCAAACUUUCUUCCACAGCGGCUGUACCAUUUUGCAUUCCCACUGGCAGUGGAUAAGGUUCAAAUUUCUCCACAUCCUCGCUCAUAUUUGCUAUUUUCUGUCAUUUUUUUAAAAAAAUCUUAGCUAUUUUAGUUGCAGUGAAGUAGUAUUUCAUUGUGGUUUUAGACUUGACGACAAUGGGUUUGGUUUUUGGUUUUAAGGGCUAAUGAUGUUGUGCAUCUUUUCAUGUGCUUGUUGGCCAUCUGAAUAUCCUCCUGGGUGAAAUGUCUGAGUCCUUUGCUUAUUCUUUUUAUUAUUAUGCUUUACGUGAAAGUUACAGCUCAAUUUUUCAUACAAAAGUUUAUACACAUGUUGUUUUGUGACAUUAGUUGCAAUUCCCCCAAUGUGACAGCACCCGCCCUCCCCGGCUUCCGUGUCCAUUUGAUCAGUCCUGUCCCCUCCUGCCUUCUCAUCCUGCUUUUGGACAGGAGCUGCCCAUUUGGUCUCUUAUAUCUGAUUGAAAUAAGAAGCACAUUCCUCAGGUGUAUUAUUUUUUUGUUUUAUAGUCCUGUUUAAUCUUUGUCUGAAGAGUGGGCUUCAGGAAUGAUUUCAGUUCUGGGUUAACAGGGUGUCUGGGAGCCAUAGUUUCAGGGGACUUUGCCCAUUCUUUGAUUGGGUUGUCUUUUUGUUGUGAAGUUGUAUAAGUUUUAUAUGUAUUUUGGAUAUCAGACUCUUACCAGAUACACAGUUCCCAAAAAUGUUCUCCUGAUCUGUAAGUUCUCUUCACUUUUUUGAUAAAAUCCUUUGAUGAACAAGUUUUUUUGUUGUUGUUGUUAUAAAAGUAUUUAAUUUUUAUGAGGCCCAUUGGAUCUAUUUUGCCUUUUGUUGCUCAUGUUUUUGUUAUCAUAUCUGAAAUUCCAUUGUUAAAAACUAGGCCCUGCAGCCACACCCCUAUA